UUUCGAAAAAUCUUCGGAAACAAAUCGCAAAGUACUCGGCUCGAUUGGAAAACCAGACAGAGAGCAGGGAGCAGGAGAUCGACGUGCAUCAAGGAGGCAAACAAGCUAAGUAUGGAUGCCAUAUCUCGUCUUAUUAAAGUACAAAUUCCAGGAUACCUCCGUGGUCUUCCUAUUCCUGGUUCAGUUGAUGGGUUAGUGCAGCUAUCUGGCAAGGAAUGGGUACAGUUAGUUCCCGUUGUUGUUACUGCAUCAGUGGUUGUCUAUCUUGUUGUUAAUGCCUUCUCACCCAAGAAGAAAGAUAUAGUCAAUCCUGCUAUAGAGAAGGACAAGGAUAAGGUGGCUAGUGUUGUGGAUAUUGAAAAUCUGGGUGACAAAGGUGUAUUCUGCAGAUGCUGGAGAUCGAAGAAGGUACGUAAACAUGGAUCGCACGUGAUUUUCAGAUGUUGGAUUUAAGAUUAUAUAACCUUG